AUGGUCGGGCAAUCCCCAGUGGGGAGCACUCCAACCCAUGCGCAGUCAUCACUUCCCUCGUUGCCAUCGCAUCUACAGUCCGACACACAUUUGACGGCGCAUCUGGCCAGCCGAUUCCAUGUCGGUUUACCUACAGCUCGCCUGUCUUCCCAGGCGGUGAUCAGCCUCAACACAUAUACUUCAUCAUCGAAGGGUCCUGAUGGCGCCAAAGAGGGUAGUGCCAUGGGGGAAGCGGAGGACCUCGCUCGACGCGCCUUUACUCGUCUCGGAGCUCGUGGGGAGAACCAGGCCAUUGUUUUUCUAGGAGAGAGCGGGGCUGGGAAAACCACGAUUCGUGCACAUGUGGUGUCUGCGUUUUUGUCCUUUUCGUCAACGCCGUUGUCAUCGAAAUUGUCCUAUGCUGCCUUUGUUUUCGAUACCUUAACGACAACGAAAUCAUUGACCACCCCAACCGCAUCGAAAGCUGGUCUUUUCUUGGAAUUACAAUACGAUGGGUCGACCUCUGUUAGCCCUACCCUGAUUGGUGGUAAGAUCAUUGACCAUAGACUCGAGCGAAGUCGGAUUGCAUCCGUGCCUACCGGAGAACGAAGUUUUCAUGCCCUCUACUAUCUUCUGGCCGGGACGAGCGCUGCCGAAAAGGCCCAUUUGGGCUUUGACAACCCCGUACAUGUUUCAACUGGUGCAAAGCUCUCGUCGGCUUCGGUGAGCCAUAAAAGAUGGAGAUAUCUUGGUCAUCCCACGCAGUUGAAGGUUGGCAUCAAUGAUGCCGAUGGUUUCCAGCAUUUCAAGACCGCGCUGAGGAAGCUGGAAUUCCCUCGAAGCGAAAUUGCCGAGAUUUGCCAGAUCCUUGCCGCUAUCUUGCAUAUUGGCCAGCUGGAUUUCAUCAGCGGACAAGCCACCACCACUUCUGCUGAAGAAUCUGGUGGAUAUUCUCACGAGGGUGGCGAAACCAUCACUAUGGUGAGGAACAAAGAUGUUCUCUCCAUCGUUGCCGCUUUCAUGGGUCUCAGCGUCGAAGAUCUUGAAAAUAGCUUCGGAUACCGGACAAAGACAAUUCACCGCGAGCGAGUAACUGUGAUGCUUGACCCAAUGGGCGCACGCCAGAAUGCGGAUGAGCUUGCUCGAACCAUUUACUCCCUUCUAGUCGCAUACGUGAUUGAAACGGUCAACCAAAGGAUAUGCGCUGCCGAGGACAGUGUUUCUAAUACUGUUUCGAUCGUUGAUUUCCCCGGAUUCGCUCAAGCCUGUGCCACAGGCUCUACCUUAGACCAGCUGCUCAGCAAUGCGGCGACUGAGUCGUUGUACAAUUUUUGCCUGCAGUCCUUCUUUGACAGGAAAGCCGAUAUGCUAGAGCGUGAGGAGGUUGUUGUGCCUGCCACCAGUUACUUCGACAACACCGAUGCUGUUCGUGGUCUGCUGAAACAAGGUAAUGGACUUCUAAGCAUUCUUGAUGACCAGACCAGACGCGGACGGACAGACUCCCAGUUCCUCGAGUCUGUAAGGAAACGUUUUGAAAACAAGAAUCCGGCCAUUACCGUUGGGGGCUCCCAUGGGACUGGCUAUGUCUCUCAAGGGGGACGCUCAGCUUUUACGGUGAAACACUUUGCUGGUGAAGUCGAUUAUUCUACCGCCGGUUUAAUUGAGGAGAACGGAGAAGUUGUUUCAGGAGAUCUGAUGAACCUUAUGAAGUCCACAAGCAGUGACUUUGUGAGAGAGCUCUUUGGUCAAGAGGCGUUGCAGACUGUGACGCACCCGAAAGAAAAAACAGCCAUCAUGCAGGCACAAGUAAGCUCAAAGCCUCUGCGAAUGCCGAGCAUGGCUAGGCGUAAAACCAGUCCCUCCAGCAGACUUACUUUCGAUGCCCCGGCUGCCGACGAUCAAGAUGAAUAUGACAGCCAAGUGGGUGGCUCGACCAAGGCCUCAUCUAGGCGGAAGAGCAACAUGAUCGGGAGUGGCAUGCAAGGUGCUGCGGGCCAAUUCCUCUCCUCGCUGGACAUUGUCAGUAAAAGUCUGAGCUCGCCCAAUCUCAACCCAUAUUUUGUCUUUUGUCUGAAGCCAAACGACAGACGAAUUGCGAAUCAGUUCGACAGCAAAUGCGUGCGUGCCCAAGUGCAGACUUUCGGCAUUGCUGAGAUCAGUCAACGACUUAGAAACGCUGAUUUUAGCGUUUUCCUUCCUUUUGCUGAAUUCCUCGGGUUGGCCGAAAUCGGCAACGUCGUGGUUGGCAGUGAUAAGGAGAAGUCAGAGGUUGUCUUGGAUGAGAAGCGAUGGCCUGGAAACGAAGCUCGAGUUGGCAGCACAGGCGUCUUUCUUAGCGAGCGUUGUUGGGCAGAUCUAGCGAAGGUAGGGGAGAAGGUCGUUCCUGUCUACGCCGCUGAAGGGUCAGAUGAAGGCGGCGACUUGCUGCAUCCUCGGAGUGCUGGCUACAUGGAUUCCAAGGUCCGUCUUCUCAACCCUGCCGACCAGACUCCUGGCACAUAUAUCUAUGGAGAGGACAACAAACAGGGGUACUUUGGUAGCCGUGAUUUGGAUGGACGCUCUGAUGCCGGUGGUUCUGCCUUCAAUUCAGGCGACAUGUUCCGCAAUUUGGAGACCAGGGAGCAGAUGUUGGAGAAGGGAAAUGAAAAGAAAAUGGAAGAGGUAGACGAUACUCCUGUUUCUGGUAGCCGCAAACGUUGGAUGGCGAUUGUCUACCUGCUCACCUUCUACAUACCUGACUGGGUAAUUAAAGUGUUUGGCCGCAUGAAACGGAAGGAUGUGCGAACCGCAUGGCGCGAAAAAUUUGCCAUCAACCUGAUUAUCUGGCUCAGUUGUGGCAUCGCAAUCUUUAUCAUUGUCGGCCUUCCCGGUCUAAUAUGUCCGACACAACACGUUUAUUCAGCUUCUGAGUUAUCGUCGCAUGAUGGUAAAAAGGGUCAUAGCUCUUACAUUGCUAUUCGUGGGGUGGUUUUUGACCUCGACAAGUUCAUGCCCACCCAUUAUCCAGACGUCGUACCAGAGUCAGCGUUGAAGAAAUAUGCAGGGUUCGAUGCGACUGGCCUCUUUCCAGUGCAGGUUUCCGCUCUCUGUCAAGGCAAAGAUGGGCAGGUUAAUCCAGCAGUGCUCUUGGACUACAAACCGACGAAUGUGUCUGGCUCGGCCACAACUAUCAGCGCCGGCGAUCCCAAUGCCAGAUAUCAUGACUUCCGCUACUUCACUAAUGACUCGCGCCCCGAUUGGUUCUACGAACAAAUGGUUACCCUGAAGGCGAACUACAAAAAGGGAUACAUCGGCUACAGUCAGCAGUACCUUACAACUCUGGCAGAUAAACAGUCGAAGUCGAUCGCAAGCAUCAACGGCAAUAUCUAUGACUUGACGGAGUAUGUCGCUGGCGGUCGAAGGGUUCAGGCCCCCCCUGGGAAAGAGGUUCCCCCUAAUGUUGACCGUGACUUCAUGGACCCUCAGGUGGUGCAGCUUUUCCAGCAACUGUCUGGUAAGGACAUCACCAAAUAUUGGCAAAAUCUGAACAUGGAUGAAGCGCUUCGGAACCGAAUGCAGCUCUGCUUGGACAAUCUAUUUUUCGUGGGCCACAUUGAUACACGUAAUUCGGUCAAGUGUCAGUUUUCUCAGUAUUUCCUCCUCGCAAUUUCGAUCUUCAUUUGCUUGGUUGUGCUCUCCAAAUUCCUGGCUGCCCUCCAAUUUGGGAAAAAGACCGUCCCUGAAAAUCUCGAUAAGUUCAUCAUUUGUCAGGUGCCAGCAUAUACAGAAGAUGAGGAGUCUCUUCGCCGUGCCAUCGAUUCCAUGGCUCGGAUGCAGUAUGAUGACAAACGUAAACUUCUUGUUAUCAUCUGUGACGGUAUGAUUAUUGGACAAGGGAAUGACCGUCCUACGCCUAGGAUAGUUCUCGACAUUCUCGGGGUCCCGGAAUCAGUGGAUCCCGAACCACUCAGCUUGGAGGGCCUAGGGGAAGGGUUGAAGCAGCACAAUAUGGGCAAGGUGUAUUCAGGCCUGUACGAAGUCAUGGGUCACAUUGUUCCCUUCCUUGUUAUCGUUAAGGUUGGAAAGCCUUCCGAAGUAUCGCGCCCUGGUAACCGAGGCAAACGGGACUCACAGAUGGUUUUAAUGCGAUUCUUGAACCGUGUUCAUUACAAUCUUCCCAUGAGUCCCAUGGAACUGGAGAUGCACCAUCAGAUACGCAAUGUCAUUGGUGUCAAUCCAACGUUCUACGAGUUUAUCUUGCAGGUCGAUGCGGAUACAGUCGUUGCUCCCGAUGCAGCCACUCGAAUGGUGGCAUCCUUCCUGGGUGAUACUCGUGUCAUUGGUGUCUGUGGAGAAACGGCCCUGACUAAUUCCAAAACAUCUGCGGUGACUAUGAUCCAAGUCUACGAAUACUAUAUAUCCCACAACCUCAUUAAGGCCUUCGAGAGUCUGUUUGGGUCCGUCACUUGUAUGCCAGGUUGUUUUUCCAUGUACCGCAUUCGCUCUGCAGAAGCCGCAAAGCCACUUUUUGUCAGCCACGAGGUCGUGAAUUCCUAUUCUGAGAUCCGUGUCGAUACCCUUCAUAUGAAGAACCUCCUGCACCUAGGCGAGGACCGUUAUCUAACGACUCUUCUCUUAAAGCAUCAUCCCAAAUACAAGACCAAAUAUAUCUUCAGUGCGCAUGCUUGGACGAUUGCCCCUGAAAGCUGGGCUGUGUUUUUGUCGCAACGUCGUCGGUGGAUCAACUCUACUGUCCAUAACCUGGUUGAAUUGAUCCCUCUUCAACAACUUUGCGGUUUCUGCUGCUUUAGUAUGCGGUUUAUCGUCUUUAUUGACCUUCUCAGUACUGCCAUCCAACCUGUUACUAUUGCUUACAUCAUCUAUCUUAUUGUCUGGCUUAUUCGAGACUCGUCUACUAUCCCAUGGACGGCAUUCGUCCUCCUUGCAGCCAUCUACGGUCUACAAGCAAUCAUUUUUAUUCUCCGCCGCAAGUGGGAAAUGAUUGGCUGGAUGAUCAUCUACAUCCUCGCCAUGCCUGUGUUUGCUCUGGCUCUUCCUCUGUACUCAUUUUGGAACAUGGAUGACUUCUCAUGGGGUAACACUCGUGUUAUCACGGGAGAAAAGGGCCGCAAAAUCGUCAUCUCCGACGAAGGAAAGUUCGACCCCGCGUCCAUUCCAAAGAAGAAGUGGGAAGAGUACCAGGCAGAAUUGUGGGAGGCGCAAACCUCUCGGGACGAUCGGUCCGAAGUCUCUGGCAUUUCUUAUGGUACCAGGUCUUACCACCCUGGGCAAUCCGAAUACGGAUUCCCUGGCGCUCGACCCGUGUCACACCUUGAUCUCCCUCAACAUGGGUCUCGUAUGUCUUUAGCACCAUCGGAGAUGAUGAGCCAGCAUAUGGACAUGGAAAUGGAGGACCUUAGUCACCUGCCAAGCGACGAUGCCAUCCUCGCAGAAAUCCGCGAUAUCCUGAGGUCCGUGGAUCUCAUGACCGUGACGAAGAAGAGCAUCAAGCAAGAGUUGGAGAGGCGCUUUGGUGUGAACUUGGAUGCCAAACGCCCGUAUAUCAAUUCAGCUACCGAGGCAGUUCUGUCUGGCAUUCUUUGA